ACACUUCAUUCUUUUUGUAGUGUCUGUGUUGUGAAGUGGAUUUUUCCAGUAACAUUUAUUCAUAAAAAUUCACAUUUUUCAAAAUUGAAGAAGGAAAAUUGUUUAUAAUUAGAUCACUCUAAGCUCGAUUUCAGCUAAAACGCAUUCGACCAAUAAUGAAUAAUCCAAUAUUAUAAUAUUUCCAUGGUAGUUGCACCAGACCAGCAAGGUCAAUCAGUUUGACAGAAUCAACCCAAAGAUCGACAUGAUUUUCCUUAUCCUAGUAUAUCGUCCAUUAUAUUUUUAUUAUUCGAUUGUUGUUAACGUAUUGCAAUAAAAUGGCUGAGAGUAGAGUGAUCGUGAACAGACCAAAUUCUUCAAGUCCACCUCCAAAUUGUGCUAUUUGUUUGGGAUCGUGUACAAAUAAAUGUUUUUCUGAUUCAUGUAUGCACCAGUUUUGCUUCAAAUGUCUUCUGGAAUGGUCCAAAAUUAAGGCAGAAUGUCCAUUGUGUAAGCAGCCAUUCAGGAGGAUAAUACAUAAUGUUAAAAGCAAUGAUGAGUAUGAUGAACAUGUUGUUGAAAUUGCACCUCCAGAAGAAAUUCAUAUUAUUGACAAUGAGGAGUUCUUGGUGUUACCACUUGGACUUGGCCAAGCUCAUGCAAGGCAUCAGUUCCAUUUUAGGACAACAUUUACUGUUGAUACUCGGGGGGAACAUGCUAUUCAACAGAUGUUGCUGACGCAUCCUCUAACAAAUGGAGGUCAAAUUUCUAUUGAGGGAUACGCUCCCGGAAGGAGUAUGUACCAUAGGAGACGCCGUGAAAACAAUACAUCGACUAGUUUCCGAAGAUCCAUAUACACAAGGAAUCUAUGGGUUAGCGCACCUCCUGAUGUUACAGGUAGAUACAGAGACGUCUCGCCUUCAUUUUUCAGGAGUUGUCCAGGCGCAAGAACCAGAUUAGUACCAUGGUUAAACCGUGAGCUGAAUGCCUUACUUUACGAAAAUACUCAAUUAGUGAUGCGUCUCGUUGAUAUCAUUAUGGAUCACUUACUUAGGCAUCAUAUAUGCAGCCGUACAUUCCGUAAUUUGCUCUACGAGUAUCUAGAUAAUAAAACAGACCAUUUUGUCCACGAGUUCUAUAACUUCAUGAGGUCCCCUUUUGAUAUGAUUGGCUAUGAUCGACACAUUAUCUAUACCGAGAGACCCCAGUCCCCUGCACCGUACAUAGACGUAUCUGAUAAUGAUAACGACAGCGACGUUAUAAUAGUAGGCACAACUAAUCCAGAGGAACCAGUCGUGAUAGAUUUAGUGAAUACUGAUUCCGAUGAACCAAUUUUGGUGUCGCAAGAAGAGCCACAAUUGCCUUUGCCGAUUCCCGCAGAAAGGUACCCCGAGCCAGAAUGUAGAACACCAGUUUUGCCCUUGAAGCUUCGUCUUAAACAUAAGAGGCAGUCGAGGGAGAAGGAGAAAGAGAAGAAGAGGCAGAGGAGGAGGUUACAUCGUCAUAGGUCUAGAUCGUCCAGUUCUUCGUCUAGUUCCAGUAGUGAAAACGAUUAUUCCAAAAGUUCUUAUGAAAGGUAUAAAAGGCGAAAGAAGCACAGAAAAUUGUCUAAACGGAAAGCCAGCUCUUCAUUGAGCGAAAGUGACUUAAAUGUUGAGAAUACAAAUUCGGAAGGAGAUGACAAUUUACCACUUUCUGCUUUCAUGAGUAAAAAAAGGAAUAUGAAGAAAUUUAAGAAACAGGACCGACCCUAUAAAAAUUCCAAACAUAACACUCAUCCUACCGUGUCAUAUUCUGCCAAAGAUUAUUCGAGAAAAGAGGCUGACCGCGUGCCACAAGUUGAAUUUGAGAACCCAAACUUGCCGAGUUGCUCAAAGUAUUCCUCAGAUUCCUCUUCCACCCAACAAUCGAGAAGAUCCAGAUCAAGCAAGUCUUCUAUCGUAGACAGGAAUAAAGAACAAACUGUAGAAAAUGGCCACGCCCAUGAGGACUCCUCUUGCUCGGCAAAUCUACCAACUUGUUCGAAGUAUACUUUUUCUCCAUAUACUUCUUCUCAAGAGGGUUCCAACAGUUCCAAUUUAAAUAUAACAAAAUCGGAGGUGGAUACAAGUAACGACGAAGACUACCCUUUAACCCAUCUUGUUAAAAGCGAGGUGAGAGAAGUGCGGCCAGAUGAGAAGAAUGAGGGGCCUAGUGUAAGUAGUGGCGGCAGUAACGGACGAUUAAGAAAUAUUUUAAUAAAAAAAGAAGAGUCUAGUAAUACGUGGUAUUCUUAUCCCUGUAAUUAUGACACCGAUUCCUCAGAAAAUUAAUAUUAAUUAUUUUUUGUCUAAUAUACAUUUCUUUUACUUUAAGUUGUACAGUUAUUUAUCAGAAUAAUUUUAUAUAUUGUUAAAUGAUAUUUUAUAAUUCCUUGAAAUUCUGUAGUGUCAAUAAAAGUAAUCAUGACUCA